AACAUCGUAUACUUUCCAGUCUCUCGUUAUCACCAUUCGAUCACCUACAUUUCUAUACACGUCACACGAUCCAAGAACCAAUGUUCCGCCUCAGAAGUUCCAUGAACUCUGUCAUGCGUGAAAACGUCUCUACGAGGCAGUAUUUCACACGGCUAUAAAUCGACACUUUUGGAUUCCCGCGAUGGUCGAUGCGCGGCCAUUGGCCGAACGAAUUCGUCAUCUGAAGUGAUCGAGGUCUCUCCAGACGCGGACGCGACGAAGAGAAAGCAGCAAAGGAGGAAGGCUCGUCCGCCGUUUCUCGAGCUAGACGGCUUGAUUCUCGCGGUGAGCCGAACGUCGCCGCCUGGAGAGAAUAUAUCCGAUAUCUUUGGAAUGGGACAUAGGUCCGAACGACGUGGCAGACAUUGCCUGUACCUGUCUCCACGCAUCGAACUCUGCCUGCUCACCUGCAUUCCAUCAACCGAGGCCCGAGGGGGGACCUUUCAGGAUAGCCAGGACCGUAUAGCGUCGGCGGAUCGUGAAACGCCCCAUCGAUGUUCGCUAUCGACUCUUGCGUUGAGUUCGUGCGAUUAGUUAGGUCAAGCAAUGAAAUCUGCACGACGACGCGUUGAAUUUUCAUCUUUCAUAUUUCUCGAUAAAAUGACUUUUCUAGAACGUUAAAGAAAACAAUGGACAGCAUGUACCGAGGCAGUUAUCAUCGUUUGGAAUAAGGACACCUCUGGUGAAAAAGACGUGCAGUUUGAGAUAUAAGAAGGUAAUUCUGAUAACAGCGAAUGUAUUGACAUGAAUGAAAUAAAUACGACGUUCUCCUAGUUUAGAGAAGCGAAGGUUUGAACAUUUGUUUCGUCGAUCGACUUAAACCAGUCGGUGGAAAAAUUACGGCCUUACCUGGCGAGUUCGCGAGGGCGUAGGACGCUUCACCGAAUCAACAGGAUCAGUAACGUAGCCGCGUGGAGAACGAGGAGAAGGGUACAGGCACGAGACAAAACGAGAAGCAAAAGCAACGCUCUCUCGAGCGUACCACUCAAUUUUCCCGAUCCGCCCAAAAUCUAUUCGGAAUUCGCUGUUAUGUAUCUAUACGUGUUCGAACGAAGCGUUAAUUAUCGCUUCAACAGCAUUAAUGUUUUGCACGUCUUUUUCGCCGCAAGUAUCUUCAUUUUAAAUAAUGACGGCUGUCCCGACACACUCUCGACCAGUUUCUCCGACUCUCUUAUACAAGUCAUCUUAUCAGGACACACGAGAAACAAAAAUACAAUAGUCACGAUAGUAUCAAACCUGAGUAAUUGCUUGCUUCUAGCUGGAGAACUUCUGAUUUUUGCAUCGCGGAAAGAAGUUACGAUCGGUCACGGUGUUAGCGUAACUUCGCCCUUCGACGUGGAUAGAACAUUGGCAAGUAUCUCCGAUGGGUGUUCUAGUGAAUUUACUCGAAUUUGCGCAACGAUUAACAGACUAAGACUCUCUUGACUUUUCUUAUAAGCACCUUCGUUAAAUAAAGUCAAAAUGAAUUUACUUACGACUUUACGUUUCACAGAUCUCUGCCGAGAGAAGUUAACGAAGAACGACCUUGCAUUACGAUUAGAAGUAUCGUAGCUUCGCUAUACCUUGCCGAACCGUAUAUACCGCAAAACGUUUCUACAAAUAUUCUGAUAGCCCAUGAAAAAACGAAGCUGCAGCUCGUACACAUACACUCCCAACAAAGUUACUCAGAGUCUGCAUAAAUUUUCAGGUCACCGCGAAUUAUACCAGUCAAUUCGACGCGUUUCGUUUCAAUCAACGUUUACAAUUAACGAAGCUAUUUCUGCGACGUUCUAGUUCGUUUCGCAACGUCCUCGAGUUCGUCUCCGUUUCUUUAUCUCUGACACAAAAUUGAAAUGGUUGAAGGCAAAGAGCCCAGCGCCGUACAUCGAUGCAAACCUCGGCACACGUACAUUAUUAUACAUUUGUACGCGUGGCAAGGAAACAAAGAGGAGGAGAAGCGAGUCGAGCAGAGUUGAGUAGAGCCAAGUCGAAACGCACGGCGUAUAGCUGCAUUCCUGCAAGGUGAAGGGGCCACGCGAGGACCCUGGCGAGUAGCCGGGCCUGUAGGGCCCCAAUGCGUUCGAGAACACGUCGGCCCUAUGGCAUGCGGUCGUCCGGGGUCAUGGGAAGUUAAGUAUGCUCCGCCACUUCAGAAGUAAACUUCUCAAACUGAUUCGAUGCCCGGUUUAAUUGGAUCGCCCGUUACUCCCUCGAUUUUGCUCGACCUUCCUCGUUGAUCAUCUUCGACGAUGGUUCUUCAACCCCUGCGAUAAUUUUAUCCGCCCGAGACAAGACCGGCGCAGAGAUUCGUCUGAUCCGCUGAGGGUGUUGACUUCUACCGAAGCUUUGAUCUUUCGGAAACUGGGCUUGGACCUGGUGCCCCGUCAGGGUGCUCAUAUGGUGGAUCCGGAAACGAUGUCAAUCGUGGAACUCUAUCACGUGCAUGUUCAAAGCGCGGAAAAUUCGCUAGGGUCGUCGGCUAGGGGAACCCUCAGGCGGAAGGAGCACAGAAAGGUGCUGACCCAUCACCUGUAUUUCUGCAUGAGGGAUUUCGGCCAUUCGAUCGGCGAGGACACGGAAAUCUACUUCUCCUUGUACGACGCGAAACGAAAUCAAUAUCUAAGCGAACGUUUCCUGGUUCGAAUCUCGAAAGAGGGAUUCUCCAGCUUCAUAGAGAAGAUUCAUAGUAAUUGCACGAUUUUUACGGAUCUCGGCAAUGCGGACCUUAGCAGGGAUCUUUACAUGGUCGCACACGUGAUGCGAUGCGGCAGGAUGCUUUACUCUGAUUCAGGCAAAAACAAAGCGGGGACUGCCACUUACAGGAGACCUCACGGUGUCGCGGUCCUCUCGCUUGCCGAAGCCACGCAGGAUCACACGGAGGAACUCGAAAUGACGUUCAAGGUAUGCCAAGGGGAAGAAAAGGAGUUUCACCAGUUACACGAACAGAUUAUUCGUAACAACAAGUGUUCCCCGCUUCCGGGCCAGCCUAAUUACGGCAUAGUGGUUUCACUGCGCGUCCUGCACGGCGAGUUGACUCAAGUUCGCGAGGAGAAUCCACUGCUUUUCAAAAAUAUCUGUCUAACGAAGAAGCUAGGGUUCUCCGACGUGAUCAUGCCGGGUGACGUGAGAAACGACUUGUACCUGAAACUGGAACGUGGCGAGUUCGAACGAGGCGGAAAAUCCACUGGGAAAAAUAUCGAGGUGACGAUUUUGGUCUUGGACGCGGAUGGUCAACCUCUGGAAGAAUGCUUGUUUGGCGCGGCUGGGAUGGAGGGCAGUUCCGAGUAUCAAAGUUUAGUUAUAUAUCAUCACAACAGCCCAUCGUGGGCCGAGACAGUUCGAUUGGCCAUACCUAUAGACAAGUUUUACGGAAGCCACGUCCGCUUUGAAUUCCGGCACUGUUCCACACGCGAGAAGAACGACAAGAAAUUGUUCUCCUUCGCCUUCGUGCGUCUUAUGGAACCUGGGGGAGCUACUCUUCAGGAUGGCCCCCACGAGCUAUAUAUUUACAAGUGCGAAGAUCGUUCCAAGUUGGAUUCGUUAAGUUACCUCUCUUUGCCUAGCAGCGCUCGAGAACCGAAUGUAACAGGUUCACCAGCAUUUUCCAGAUCCCCCAAAGAGGCCGUAUUCGUACAAACGUUGCUUUGCAGCACAAAAUUGACGCAAAACGUAGACCUCCUGAGCCUGUUGCAAUGGAAGGCACAUCCGGAACGAAUAUCAGAGGCUUUAGGUCGUGUACUGCGGCUGGACGGCGAGGAAUUGGUCAAGUUUCUACAGGACAUUUUAGAUGCGCUGUUUUCCAUGUUCCACACAGAGGAUGGUAACUCCACGGCUCAUUCGGGUUUAGUCUUCCAAGUGCUCGUCUCCAUUUUCAGCCUUCUCGAGGAUUCCAAGUUCGAGCAUUUCAAACCUGUCAUGGAUGCUUACAUUUCCGGCCACUUUGCCGCUGCAUUGGUAUAUAAAGGUCUUCUAAGUAGCGUGCAACAUUGUGCAGAUUGGGUGACCGCGGCGGAGAAGCAAGAGCCUAUAAUCAAGUGUUUCCGUUCUCUGGAAUAUAUCUUCAAGUUCAUCAUUCAAAGUCGCCUAUUAUUCGCCAGAGCAACGGCUGGUCAAUACGAGGACAGUUUCAAGCGUGAUCUGUACUGCGUUUUCGCCGCAUUGAACAAGAUGUUGGGCAUCCCGUACGAAAUGGUGCUUCACUCUCAGAUAGCCUUGCUUUACUCCAUCUCGGCAGUCUUCGAACAGCUAGUCGCCGUGCUGCCAGUUCUCGAGGUGGCGAAACUCGCUUGCACGAUGCUCGACUCGGUGCCAAGAGAACCACCGUUGCAGCUCACGCAGGCUAAAUUAACGGCUAUUAAAAAUCUGACCACCUCGUUGUUGUUUCGCGAGGACAACGAGAGUAGGAAUCUGCUGUUGGUUACGAUGUGUAGACACUUGAGGAUCCAUUUGGUUAGACGAGAGGAACUUAGAUCCUGUACGGAGAUUCUAGGAGAAAUCCUCAGCUUUUUAUACAAAAGGGGGCGAGAUACUAACAAGGUUAAUAACUGUAUUCAACACGACGUCGAGACCCUCUGCCUUUCUAUCUUGGAUGUGUUGAUACAGACGAUUCUGAUUGUAAUAAAUACCAGUGGCCCCGUGUUGGGCUGCCUGGUAGCUUGCUUGAUAGGCUUGCUUCAGCUUCUAGACGAAUAUCAUUACGUUCGACUUUGGGAGGAGCUAGCUCACACAGGUGAACGAAAACCCCUGAAGGAUUUUCUUUUGAGAGUCUUCUUAGUUCUCCGUGAUCUCGUCAGACAGGAAGUUUUUCCACCCGACUGGUUAGUAAUUAGAAUGCAGGCGAACAGUAUUAUCUUAAAGUCCCUGCAGGAACUCGCUCAGCCUUUGGCCUCGCAAGCUAGCUUCGAUUCGCAGCUCUGGUCCACGUAUUUUAAUCUAGCCGUAGCGUACCUCACUCAGCCAUCUCUACAACUCGAACAAUUUUCGGAAGUGAAGCGUGAAAAGAUCAUUGAGAAAUACAGGGACAUGAGAGUGUUCAUGGGCUUUCAAAUACUCUCCAUGUGGAAUCAUUUGGGUGAUCGUAAAUUGGAGUUUAUUCCUGGAAUGGUAGGCCCCUUCUUGGAAGUUACCUUAGUUCCCGAGAGUGAGCUGAGGAAGGCCACUUUGCACAUCUUUUUCGAUAUGAUGGAGUGCGAGCAACGAGCUCGUGGUAGCUUCAAAUCCGUGGAAUCGGAAUUGAUCGAUAAACUGGAUAUCCUGAUCAGCGAGAAUAAAGGUGACGACGAGUACAGACAGUUGUUUAACACAAUGGAGCAUCUUAGCGCCGUAUUAUUGGACAGAGUUCAGUCAGAAGAUCCAACCUGGAAGGACAGCGGAACUGCUUUCAUCACGUCAAUUACGCGUUUGCUGGAAAGACUGCUAGAUUACAGGAGCGUAAUUCAGGGGGACGAGAAUCGCGACAAGCGUAUGUCGUGCACUGUUAAUCUAUUGAAUUUUUACAAGAAUGAAUUCAAUCGUAAAGAGAUGUACCUGCGUUAUAUUUACAAGCUUCACGACCUACAUUUGGUAGCUGAAAAUUAUACAGAAGCUGGAUUUACAAUGAAAUUAUACGCCGAUCAGCUUGGUUGGGGUUCUACAAUUUUACCUGCUGAUCACUUGCAUCCGCAACAGCCAGAGUGGCAGAGAAAAGAGGUCCUUUAUCAUAAGAUAAUUCAUGACUUAGAUCGAGGCAAAUGUUGGGAGAAAGGUAUUCCUUUGUGUAAGGAAUUGGCAGUGCUGUACGAGACUAGAUUAUACGACUAUGCAAAAUUAAGUCAUCUACUGAAACUGCAAGCCAAAUUACUGGACAAUAUAUUGACGCAACUUCGGCCAGAGCCGGAGUACUUUAGAGUAGGAUUCUACGGUCUUAGUUUUCCUCUUUUCGUUAGGAAUAAAUUAUUCAUCUAUCGCGGUUUAGAAUACGAAAGAAUAGGGGCAUUCACACAGCGAUUACAGACUGAAUUUCCAAGCGCACAAAUAUUAAUGAAGAAUUCACCGCCUGAUGAGAGCAUCCUUAUCUCCGAGGGGCAAUAUAUACAAAUUUGUAACGUCAAACCAAUCCCCGAGGAGAACAGCCUAGCCUGUCGAGGAGCAGAAGUGCCAGAAAGAGUGGUCGCCUUUUAUCUAGUUAACGACGUUCGGAAGUUUAUCUUUGAUCGACCACUUCACAGAGGCCCUGUUGACCGAGAGAACGAGUUCAAAUCUCUCUGGAUCGAAAGAACCACGUUGACCACAGAGGCGAAACUACCCGGUAUACUUAGAUGGUUUGAGGUGAUCGAGAAGAGAUCUGAACUACUAGCGCCUGUACAAUACGCCUGUGAAACUAUGCUGAGCGUGGAGAGAGAAUUGAGGAGACUUGUCGCGCAAUACACUGCCGAACCUAAUCGAAAUAUUAACCCCUUUAGCAUGAGACUCCAAGGUAUCAUCGACGCGAACGUUAUGGGUGGUAUCACCAAAUACCAAGAAGCCUUUCUUACGCCUGAAUUCGCUAGACAAAAUCCGGACAUGGUGCCACACGUAAACAGACUGAAGAGUUUGAUUCUCGACCAAAUGAGCGUUUUGGAGGCGGGAUUAAAUUUACACGGACAAAUUGCACCAGCUGGCGUGCAACCGCUACACAAGAGACUCAACGAAAGAUUUACACAGCUGAAACAAGGUCUCGGUCCACUAGCAAGACAAAGAACAAUUCAUCAAGACAGCAUUGUCAAUUCACCGUUACCUCCGUUACCCGUUAACGAAAAGCAACGUCCAGCUACAUUGGAAACGGCAGGUUGCAGAAUUUCUCACGCGGACAGCGAUGGCCUACCUGAGGAUGAAGGUUUCUACACAAAAGUAGACGGUGGGCCACCACCUAUACCGCAGCGUGAAGUACGGCCACGUUCUGUGGGCUAUGGGACUACUCCGCCUAGACCCACGCAUCAAAGAUCUCUGAGCAAACCGUUAAGUCCGAAGUUACCAUUGAGACAUUCUUUACCUACGCCAACGGAUGGAGUGGAUCAGACCGGUCUAAGAACGUCAUGGAGCGAACCUGGUCCUGAAUCAGCGCCACCAUUGCCUCCUAGAGGUUGCACGCCUGAUAAGAGAGAUUCGAAUACAAACAUUGUAGUACCACCCGCGCCGCCAAAACGUUUAGCGUACAAACGUAACACAGAGUGGAGCACGGACGAUGAUUCGGAAGCACAAAAUGAGCCGAAUGACCUUCGCGAUAGCGGUAUAUCAACUGCUAGUUUAUUAGAUUUCCAGUCGCAUUUGACUAACUUAAAUAAUCUCGGUUACGAGGACUUCGAACCACGGGCAAGGUGCAACGACAUUAUGAAUAUUUCACCUCCGUCUGUAAUAAAUGCGCUAAACGUCUCUACAGGAAAUUUCGCGAACGUUACAUUCCAAGGGUCACAUUCUUUACCAGGUCAAGAGCUGAGUCCACCACCGAUACCGCCGAAAGCACAUCAAGAUACCCCGUCGGCUCCAUCGACCUUGGAAAGAGUAUCGAAUCGCUCGCAGUCUCAUGGUCAUUCGGAAAAUUAUUCGGUACCGAAACUCCAAACAUUGUCUAUGGCGUCUGACACCGAAAGCACUGUGUAGCAACGACGAUGAAUUUCCUAGUCCUAGCGGUUAAUUGUGAUGUGCGUGUGCCACAGUCGAGCAGAUCCGAUUGUAGAAUGGUAUAUAAAUCAAUGGAACUUCGAUGUCUUGUACGAUCAUUGGCAAACACGUGACUAACAAUUGAAUCUAAUUGGAUUUGCACAGCAAGGUCUCUGACAUUUGCACAUCAUUAUACAUAUAUAUAUAUAUAUAUAUAUAUAUUACGUUAUUAUGCGUAAGAGAAUCUUGUAAUACUCGAAAUGAAAUCUUCUAAUGCGUAACUUGACAUGGAUUACACCCACCUGUGUAUAACGUACCUUAGUAGAAGCAUGAUAUCGAAACGCUGACUACGACCAAGGCUCAUCGAUGACGAUUUGGUAAUAGACGUUCCGAAGUGUAUUCAAAUUCGAUUGAACAGAAGCUGUCUGGUAGCGCUUGGCGUUCACGCGAUAUCGUAUUGACUUUAUGUUAGAGAUGACGAUCUUCCGAAUAUUAACCUAACUAUAUAUUUUGUAAUUUAUUUAUAUUUUCAAUGAGAAUAAAGGUAAUUUUUAUCAACGA